GGGCGGGCUGGGCCGGACCGAGAGGCAGAAGUCAGGCCUGAACUACAAGAGACGGUCGGGAGCUGUCUUGCUGCGCCGGCGGCCGGCGACGGCCGGUAGGAGGAGUCCGUGCCUGCACUGUGGCCAUGUCUGUGUCCGCCAGGGACCGGGGACCCGCAAAUCUCUACCCUCAGGCUAAGCCCGGCUGGACACCCUUGUCUUCCCAGGGGUCUGGCAGAGGACAGUGACUGGCACCUCUCGUGGGCCUGGUGUCCGUCCCCCCAAAAGAAAUAGGAGAGCCCAAAGCAUGGCUGCUGAUGUGCAGAGGAAGAGAAGCAGUGACUGCCCUGAUGGCACAUUGGCUCCUUCUGAUGGACUGAGUGUGGAGAGAGCUGAGAGCCCCACGCCAGCACUGGCCCAGGGGAUGGAGCCAGGUGCCGGGCAGGAGGGUGCCAUGUUCGUCCAUGCUCGUUCCUAUGAAGACCUAACUGAGCCAGAGGAUGGGCCAGCUUCUGGAGACAACCCCAAGGAGGGUUCUGGGAGUCACCCACCACUGCCUUCCGACAUGCGCCAGAUCAGCCAGGACUUCAGUGAGCUAAGUACCCAGCUGACAGGUGUGGCCCGUGACCUUCAGGAGGAAAUGCUACCUGGAAGCUCUGAGGACUGGCCUGGGCCCCCUGGGGCAGCCAGUGGGCCAGCUAUAGAACCCCCAGGGGAGGGCACGGAGGAGGGGGACGAGAAGGACCCCACAGAGGCGUGGCGCCUGCACCAGAAGCACGUCUUUGUGCUGAGCGAGGCAGGGAAGCCUGUAUAUUCCCGUCAUGGCUCUGAAGAAGCACUUUCCAGCACUAUGGGCGUCAUGGUGGCCCUGGUUUCCUUCCUGGAGGCAGAAAAGAAUGCCAUCCGUUCCAUCCAUGCAGAUGGCUACAAGGUGGUAUUUGUGCGCCGGAGCCCACUGGUACUGGUGGCAGUGGCACGCACACGGCAGUCAGCACAGGAGCUAGCUCAGGAGCUGCUCUACAUCUACUACCAGAUCCUGAGCCUCCUCACCGGUGCGCAGCUGAGCCACAUCUUCCAGCAGAAGCAAAACUACGACCUACGACGCCUGCUUUCAGGUUCAGAGCGCAUCACUGACAACCUGCUACAGCUUAUGGCACGAGACCCCAGCUUUCUGAUGGGGGCAGCAAGGUGUCUGCCCCUGGCUGCAGCUGUGCGAGAUGCUGUGAGUGCCAGCCUGCAGCAGGCACGUGCACGCAGCCUGGUCUUCUCCAUCUUACUGGCCCACAACCAGCUUGUAGCACUUGUGCGCCGCAAGGACCAAUUCCUGCAUCCCAUUGACCUGCACCUGCUCUUCAACCUCAUCAGUUCCUCCUCAUCCUUCCGUGAGGGUGAGGCAUGGACGCCUGUAUGCCUGCCUAAAUUCAACUCAGCAGGCUUCUUCCAUGCACACAUCUCGUACCUGGAGCCUAACACUGACCUCUGCCUGCUGCUUGUCUCCACUGACCGUGAGGACUUCUUCACAGUCUCUGACUGCCGCAGGCGCUUCCAGGAGCGCCUUCGCAAGCGUGGAGCCCACCUGGCACUGCGGGAGGCGCUACACACACCCUACUACAGUGUUGCCCAAGUGGGCAUCCCUGAUCUGCGCCACUUCCUCUAUAAGUCCAAGAGCUCAGGACUCUUCACCAGUCCUGAGAUUGAGGCCCCAUACACCAGUGAAGAGGAGCAGGAACGACUACUAGGGCUUUACCAGUACCUGCACAGCCGAGCCCACAAUGCUUCCCGCCCGCUCAAGACCAUCUACUACACAGGCCCCAACGAGAACCUCCUAGCCUGGGUGACAGGCGCCUUUGAGCUCUACAUGUGCUACAGCCCUCUGGGGACUAAGGCAUCAGCUGUCAGUGCCAUCCAUAAGCUGAUGCGCUGGAUCCGUAAAGAGGAAGACCGCCUCUUCAUCCUCACGCCCCUCACCUACUGAUGGGAAUGUGUGCAGACUCGGCCCUCCCAGGACCACUGGACAUGAGAAGCCAUGGGAGCCUCCAGGUGGGGCUGGCUUCUCCUGCCCAGCCAGCAGGCAGGGACUGUGGGUUGCUGGGUACAUUAAACUGCUUUGGGGAAGAUAUUUGUUGUGCCCUGCC